AUGACCUCAACAAACGGGCAACAACAGUGGGGUGUUACUCAGCCAAUAUCUUCCAGUGAAUCCACAGAUGCGGAGAAGAAGGUCACUGUAGCCAUGAUGGAUGAGCUACGUAGACAGGGUACCUUUGAAAGUGAAGAGGAAGCUCGAACAAGGGAACUCGUCUUAGGCCGCGUCGCAACGCUUGUUAAGAAGUUUGUACACAAGGUGGCUUUGAGCCGGGGGCUCUCAGAGUCGGCGGCAGCCGCAGCUGGUGGAAAGAUAUUCACUUUUGGUUCAUAUCGACUAGGCGUACAUGGUCCAGGGUCAGAUAUUGAUACACUGUGUGUUGUUCCUAAGCAUGUAUCACGAGAAGAUUUCUUCGAAGUGUUUGAACCUAUGCUUCGGGAGGUGGAGGGUGUCUCAGAGGUAUCUGGUGUACCUGAGGCCUACGUACCAAUUAUCAAGAUCAAGAUACAAGGUAUUCCUAUCGAUUUUCUUAUGGCCCGACUAGCCCUAUCGUCAAUUCCGGAUGAUUUGUCAUUACGGGAUGAUAAUUUAUUGAAGAACCUUGACGAACGGUGUAUUCGAAGUUUAAACGGAUCUCGCGUAACUGACGAAAUAUUGCGCCUUGUACCGAAUGUUGCCGUAUUCCGAGAUGCGUUACGGUGUAUCAAGCUCUGGGCUCAACGACGAGCCAUAUAUUCGAAUGUCAAUGGCUUCCUUGGUGGAGUGGCGUGGGCUAUGUUGGUAGCUCGGAUAUGCCAACUCUACCCGAAUGCUGUUGCUGGUGCAAUCGUCAGCCGCUUUUUCAUUAUUAUGUACCAAUGGUCCUGGCCUCAACCAGUGUUAUUAAAACAAAUUGAAGAAGGCCCUCUGCAGGUUCGGGUAUGGAAUCCGCGGUUAUACCCGGGAGACCGAUCACAUCGCAUGCCCAUCAUAACUCCAGCCUAUCCAGCUAUGUGUGCGACUCAUAAUGUCACUGAAUCGACUCAGAUGAUCAUGACGGAGGAGUUCAAGCGAGGUGCGGACAUCGUGGAUAAAAUUGUUUUUGGAUCAUUGCAAUGGUCGGCGCUUUUUGCGAAACACGACUUCUUCCAUAAAUAUCGUUAUUAUCUCCAAAUUAUAGCGUCAACAGGCAAUCCAGAUUUGCAAAUUAAAUGGGCGGGCACCGUAGAGUCUCGGAUACGACAACUGGUUAUGAAGCUGGAGUAUGUUGAUGCCCUGACAUUAGCACAUCCUUUCAUCAAGGGCUUUGAUCAAACAUUACACUGUCUCAACGAUGAAGAGGUUCGACUAUGUGCUUCAGGUGAAGUUCCUGAAGCCGUUUUGCGAAGAAAAAAGGAAGAGGCAGAAGGAAAAGAAGGCGCAAGCACGGUGCAUACGACUACCUUCUUCAUCGGUCUCGCCAUCGAACCGAAGCAACCUGGAUCCACUGGUCCAAGAAGACUAGAUAUCUCGUACCCGACCACCGAAUUCACCAAGCUGGUGAAAAUGUGGGACAAAUAUGACGAAUCUUCCAUGGGCAUUGUCGUUCGGCAUAUUAAAAACUCGUCCCUUCCUGACUAUGUCUUCGAAGAAGGAGCGAAACCCAACUUAAAGCGCGCAAAGAGUACCAAUAGGGGACAGGGCAAGUCGAACAAUACUACGCCUGAUCAGCCAAACAAGAAACAGAAGAAGUAUGAAGUCUUCGAUAAGUCUCUGGCGUUCUUUGAUAUCUGUUUGGCAUCAACAAAGUCCGAUCAGCCAGUCUCAAGCCUUUCGACUGUGCAGACCUCAACCGCAGGAACUGCUGUUGAAGCACCGCCACCAGGGACAACAGUCUACGCAUCAACAGCUUUGGACCCAGCGAGUAUAAAGUCGCCUACGCUUCCCAAUAGCGAAUCAGCGGCACUAGUUGAAACUGUGCAAUAA